AUGCUUUUUCUAUGGACAUUUAAUAACUUACAAUCAAUUUUUUAUGAUACCGAUCAAUUUGGAUUUGAUUGUUUGCAUUAUUUUUCAACUGAGUUUUUCUUAUUUUCUGAAACAGUCAAAUAUUGUAUUCGUCCAAAAAAUGAUACGAAUUCAAUAAUGGUUGAAUUUUUUAACAUAUCUGAUGAUUAUUUGACUUUCGAUGAAUUAUACCGUUUGAAUGUAACAUCACAUGAAAUUCUCAUGUGGUCGUCAUCAAUUGAUCUUGCUGAACAAUAUGGAUACUAUCUUGAUCAACCAAUUCAAUCUAAUCUAUCCAAUAAAAAAUUCUAUAAUUGUACACAACCAUGGUUUGGAUCACGAUGUCAAUAUUCAUUCGAAUUUAAUGAAGAUAAAUUAGUGAAAAAUUCUUUUGAGACAGCUUUAACUGAUGAUAUAUUUACUGGAACGUGUUAUAUUCUUCUAGAAUGUGAUCGUGGUGGAUCAUCGAUGUGUCUCGAUUGGCGUGAGAUCUGCGAUGGUCGAAUUGAUUGUCUUAAUGGUGGUGUUGAUGAAAUUCAAUGUUUCAAUUUAGAAAUUAAUGAAUGCGAUGAAAAUGAAUAUCAAUGCCAUAAUGGAUUGUGUAUUCCAAAAAAGUUUUUGGAAAUGGAUUUUCAUGAAGCACAAUGUCUUGAUAGAUCGGAUUAUUUAGUCAAAAAUUCUCUGUGUCUAAGAUUUUAUUUCCGUUUGAAUCUGUUUGAAUGUCAAGAAUUUAUUUGUCGACCUGAAGAAGGUAAAUUUUCGUGUGGUGAUGGAGAAUGUGUAGGAGAUUUUGGUCAAUGCAAAACUAAUCGACCUCUUUCAUUAACUCAAUCAAUUAGUAUUAGAGGAAAUUUAUCAUACGGAUGUUGGAUAAGCAUGGUUUGUCUUACAAAAAUUAUGGACAAAAUUGAGAAUAUAUCAUGUGAUGAAUUCAUUCGAUCUUCUGAGAUUAUCGAACAAUUAAAAAGUUGCAAGUUUCCUCUUCAAUUUCCGAUUAUUCCUGUACUUUAUGGUUAUGUAAGAUUUUUAUAUCAUCCAAAAGAGAUUGACAAUAUUAAUAUUACAUUAUCUCUUAAACCUGAUUAUAUCUGUUAUGAUGAACAAUUAUGCGAUUAUCUCACACCCACAUUUCGUCAUGGAAAUUUGACUUGUCGCUCUGGUAAUCAAAUGAAUCUUACGAUGAAUGUUGAAUUGACUACUUGGGAAUCAAUUAUCGAUUCAAUUAAACCAUAUUUUGAUGGUUGUAUUAAUCAACAUUAUCAUAUCAUCGAUGCUCAUCAUUCAUCAUUAUAUCAUUGUAAGAAUUCCUCGAAAUAUAUUUCUAAAUAUCGAAUCCUUGACGGUAUAUCAGAUUGCUUCUUGAAAGAUGAUGAACAAGCAAGAUCUGAAUUAAGUUGUUCAUUGAAUCAAACCUCUCAAUUUCGAUGUCCAAACGAAAUACAGUGUCGAUCACGCUUUUUUCCAACAAGUAUCUGUUCUUUUCCAAUACAGAUAAAUCAUGAUGAUAUCUCAUUUUAUAAAAUAUGUGAUCGCAUCAUAGAUGUACCCAUGGCGUUGAUUGAUGGACGAAAUCAUUCCGAUGAAACUGAUUGUGAAGAUUGGCAAUGCAAUAAUAUCUACACACGAUGUGAUGGUUUUCGAAAUUGUCUUAAUGGAGAGGAUGAAGAACAUUGUAUGAAACCAAUUACAUUAAGGCAUUUCUUUUUCUGUACUUCGCCACAGAAUUAUACACAAAUGUGUUUACCAGCCGGUCAAAUCAUUAAUGAAACCGUCGCUUGUUUACGACCAUCAUCUGAUAAAUUUCAGUACUUUCAAACGAACAGGUUUCAUUGUUCGAAUGACACGAAAUGUACAGCAGAUAAAAAUCUUUGCAAUAAAAAUCAAGUUUGUUCAGCGUAUAAUAAUUAUCAAUUUUGCGUUGACCGUCUACAAUUAUGUAAUGGCUAUGCUUUGGAUAAUCUUAGUGAUAUGCGAGAUAUUUCAUGUCGAAUCAUUAAUACAGCUUAUAAGUAUUUUUCAUUGGAUACUGCAUUAGUUUAUCCAGUCUCACAGACUACUCAAACUUAUUCUCUUGAAAAUCAGGUCACUAACAAAAAGAUAGAAUUGCCGAUUAGAAAUAUCAUACAGCCAUAUGCUUGUAAUUAUGGUUUAUAUAUGUAUCAUCGGUUUGGAGUCGAUAACUACAGUAGUAUAUGUUUUUGUCCUCCAAAUUAUUAUGGCGAUCGAUGCCAAUAUCAAAGUCAACGUGUUAGUCUUACCUUAACAUUGGUAACUGUUAGACAACCAAUCAUUUAUGCUAUUGUUGUUAUGUUGAUAGAAGAUGACAAGGAUCGACAAGAAAUUCACUCGUACAAUCAAUUCACUUAUGCACCACUAGAACAUUGUGGUCAGCCUGUGAAUCUCUAUCUGAUAUAUUCGAAGCAUGGAAAGAAUAAUUCAAAAAACUACAGUAUUCGUAUCGAUGCAUACAAUAAAAAUUCAUCGGCAUAUCUAAUAAGUUGGCAUUUAACGAUUCCAUUCGUCUUUUUACCAGUCAAUCGAAUAAGUGCUUUUUUAACCCUUCCGAUUUCUCGGAGAUUCGAUUCUAAACACUGUACUCUACAAUGUUAUAAAGGUACUUGUAUGAAAUAUCAUAAUGAAGAACGAUUCUUCUGUCAAUGUUAUUCGGGUUGGUCUGGUGCACAAUGUCAUAUUCCAAUCGAUUGUAGUAUGUGUGCAUCAAAUUCGAUUUGUAUAGGUUCGAUUCAAAAUCGAUCAAUUUGUGUCUGUUCUCACGAAAAAUUCGGUUCCUUUUGUCGUCUUCAAUCAGUAUGUCCAAUAGGAUUCUGCAAAAAUAAUGGUCGUUGUAUAGUAAUCGAUGAGAGAAUGAUUCAUGAAAGUUAUAUGUGCUUUUGUUCUGAACAAUUUUUUGGGCCAAGAUGCGAAAAUGUUAAACAUAGAAUAGAUAUUUCGCUUGAGAAUAUCGAAACUCCAUUGUAUUUACUCGUCUAUAUUUACACUGAGAUUAGUUUCGAACGAUCACCACCAACAUUUGUUAUACUCGGAAAAAUGACUAUGUUUCAAAGUAAUAUCACUUUGUACUCUCAAACUCCGUUUCAAAUGGUUAUUGUCAAGAUUGAUGAUUGUUAUUAUUUAGCUGUACUACUUCGAAAAUUUGUCUCAUCCAACAUAAUAACCCCCAUCAAUCCUGCCCAACGAUGCGUUCCAGUCCAUGAACUUUUGUCUACUAAAUUACUCAUAUUACCACGAAUUCAACGAUUGAAAAGCUAUCAUAUUCCAUGCCAAGAUCAUGUUAAUCUACAAUGUUUUGUCGACGAAUUCUACAUGUGUUUGUGUACGGAAGAACGUCAUAGUAACUGUUUUCCAUUAGAACAUCAACAGACUUUUGCCUGUGAUGAUAAUGUUUACUGUGAGAAUGGUGGAACGUGUUUACAAGAUCGACGUAUAUGUUUUUAUAAUAUUCUAUGUGUAUGUAAUGAUUGUUUCUUUGGUGAUCGAUGUCAGUUUUAUGCUAAAGGUAUUGGAUUAACAUUAGAUGAUUUAUUACGUUAUGAAAUUCGACCUAAUAAUACAUUAGCUCAUCAAUCAUUGGUAGUUAAAUUGAGUGCAGCUUCUACCAUAAUUAUUUUUCUAAUUGGUUUAUUGAAUAGUUUUUUUGGUUAUUUAGUUUUUCAUAACCGUAAUUGUCGAAAAGUUGCUUCGGGAAUUUAUCUUCGAUUAUCAUCAAUAAUUUCUACACUCGUUGUUAGUAUGUUAAUCAUUAGAUUUUGGUUUGUAACAUAUACAUAUAUGAAUCCAUCGAUUAACCGAAAAAUUCUUCAAAUUGGAUGUUUAUUAUUGGAACCAAUGCUUCGUUUUUUUCUACAUAUGAGUAAUUGGCUUAAUACUUGUGUAGGUAUUGACAGAGCAAUGGCAGUUUUUCAAGGAACUAGUUUUAAUAAGAAAAGAAGUCGAUGUAUAGCACGAUGGAUUAUUUGUCUUUUACCACUUCUUAUUUUGGGUUCAGUGAUUUAUGAAUUUAUUAAUCGUGAUUUGUUUGAUGAUUACGAAGAACAACGUGUUUGGUGUGUAGUUCGUUAUUCUAAAUCAAUUGAACUAUAUACGAAUAUUGUUCAAUAUUUUCAUUUUAUUGCUCCGUUUUUAGCGAAUUUAAUUUCAGCUAUUUUUAUUAUUGUAUAUAUAACUCGUCUAAAAACGACUGUUCAAUCUCAAUUUAGUUCUCAACAACAAUUACUCAAUCAAAUUAACCAGCACAAACAACUUGUUAUCAGUCCUAUUAUCUUAGCCAUUCUAUUAUUUCCUCGUUUUCUCGUUUCAUUAUUAUCAACAUGUAUUAAAUCAUCUCAAAAUCCUUGGUUGUAUCUUCUCGGUUAUUUUGUUUCAUUCAUUCCAUCAUCGUUUAUCUUCGUCAUAUUUGUUUUACCAUCGACUUUCUAUAGGAAAGAAUUCAUAAAAACAAUUACUACUUGGCGGCAACGAUUUAUGAGAGCUAUUGGAGCUUGGCAAUAA